UUUCCCCUCUCUCAUUCUCUCUCUCAAACUUAUUUAUUUUACCUUUCACAUGGGAGAAGCUCAAGAACUGCAACUUCACAAAAUGGAAGCCAAUGCAGACAAAGAAACAUUUUCAAUGGAGGAAAAUAGGUUUGAAGAUCAAAUAAUGAAUGAAUCAAUUAAGAUGAAUAAGAAAAGAAGGUACUAUUUAAAGGUAGCAAUUUAUGUUGCACUUAUUUUAGUAGGCCAAUCAUCAGCAACACUUCUAGGAAGAUUGUACUAUGAAAAAGGAGGAAAGAGUAAAUGGAUGGCAACACUUGUUCAACUUGUUGGUUUCCCAAUUCUACUACCUUGUUAUUUUUUCAUUUCAUCAACCAAAAAAAAUAAUAAUAUUACUAUUGAUCCAAAUAAACCAUCUUUUUUCAUGCUAACUUUUGUGUAUGUCUCAAUUGGCAUACUUGUUGCAUUAAUUUGUUACUUAUUUUCAUUUGGGCUAUUGUACCUCCCUGUCUCAACAUUUACAUUAAUUUCUUCAUCUCAAUUAGCUUUCAAUGCUUUAUUUGCAUAUUUCCUAAAUUCACUAAAACUCACACCUUGCAUAAUAAACUCCUUAGUCCUACUAACAAUUUCCUCUGCCCUCCUUAUGUUCCAAAAUGAGUCAUCAAAUUCCACAAAUUCAUCCAAUAAAAUGUAUGUGAUUGGAUUCAUGUGCACUUUAGGUGCAUCUGCUGGAAUUGGAUUGAUACUUUCCCUUACACAACUAGCUUUCAAGAAGGUUAUCAAAAUUCAAAAUUUUAAAGUUGUCAUGGAUAUGAUAAUAUAUCAACAAUUAGUAGCUACUUGUAUUAUUCUAGUAGGAUUUUUUGCAAGUGGAGAGUGGAAUGGUAUAAAGAAGGAAAUGCAAGAGUAUGAGAUGGGGAAAGUUCCCUAUGUGCUUGAUCUCACUUUCAUAGCCAUAACAUGGCAAGUGUUUAGUAUUGGUUGUGUUGGACUUAUUUUUGAGGUUUCUUCACUAUUCUCUAAUGCUAUAAGUGUUUUGGGUAUGCCUAUUGUGCCUAUAUUAGCUGUGGUAUUUUUUCAAGACAAAAUGAAUGGAAUUAAAGUCAUAUCUAUGAUACUAGCUGUUUGGGGAUUUAUAUCAUAUAUUUAUCAACAAUACUUGGAUGAGAACAACACCAAAAUAGAAAAUAGAGACACUCUUGGUGCUAUCAAGGAUUCUUCACCUUUAGAAGCGGGUAAUGAAAGUGGUGAAAACGGAUUCGAGUUAAUAUUGGAUUGAGAAUUCACACCAAUUCGAAUGUUGUUUGUAAUUCUAGUUUUAUUAUAUGCUUGGAUAAUUAUAAUACCAUGACGUGUACUUAUUAUAUAUUUAUUAUAUAUUUUUAGGAAUUAUAUUAGAUUAUGUAAUCCUAGAUGUAAUUCAACACUCUCUGUUAUCAAUAUGAUUUAAGUUUUUUUA